AAAUAAAGGUCAGCAGUCACCGGCCAACAGUCUGACUUGGGAAACCAUGGAGAGGACUGUGGUGCUGAAGCUCCUGUGUGGCCUGCUGUUGGCCUUCACAACUGCUCUUCCCAACUCGGAUGACUGGGACAUCUACAGUUUCCACAUCAACUCCACCGUCACCAGCCGAUAUGCCACCACCACCAUCACCAGUCGAGUGGUCAACCGCAUGGAUGAGGCGAAGGAAAUAGAAUUCCACGUCCAGAUUCCCAAGAACGCCUUCAUCAGUAGAUUCAGGAUGUUCGUCGACGGUCAAGCGUAUGAUGGCGAAGUGAAAGCUAAAGAGGUUGCUCAACGGCAGUACGCAGAUGCCGUGUCCAGAGGUCAAAGUGCUGUGAUUGUCAGUUCUGUGGGUAGAACCAUGGAGGAGUUCAAGACCUCUGUGACCAUAGCUGCCUUGAAAAAAGUGACAUUUGAACUGACAUACGAGGAGCUGCUAAUGCGUCAACUCGGCAAGUACAAUCUCCAAAUCCAUGCUCAGCCCCUGCAGCCUGUAAAGGACUUCAAGGUGGAUGUCUACAUUCAUGAGCAAGCUGGCAUCAAUUUUGUUGAGAUCAAAGGAGGCCUGACCAAAGAUGUGCUGGCCGACGCCAUCACCAUGACGCACUCUGGCCACGAGGCUUGGGUUCAUUUCUACCCAACAGUGGACCAACAGAAGACAUGCAGCGGUUGUGGCGAUAAGGGCCUGAAUGGUGACCUGGUCAUUGUGUACGAUGUCGACCGAGAAAACUCACUGGGUGAUAUCGAGACGUCGCCGGGUUACUUUGUUCAUCACUUUGCUCCGGUUGGUCUGCCCCGCAUCUCAAAGAACGUCGUCUUUGUCAUUGACCGAAGUGGCUCCAUGCACGGCCGCAAAAUGGAACAGACUCGAACAGCUCUAAUCCACAUCCUGGGUGAUCUAGCCGAGGACGACUUCUUUGGUUUGAUCACCUUCGACGGGGAGAUUUCUCACUGGAAGAGAGAAUUGCUCCAGGCAACAAGUACCAAUGUAGAAAGUGCCAAGAGUUUUGCUUCCAACAUUGAUGAUGGAGGAGCUACAAAUAUCAACGACGCCUUGCUGGCAGGGGCUCGGUUACUCAAUAACCACCCGAGAGAAGGUUCAGCAUCCAUCCUCAUUCUUCUCACCGAUGGAGACCCCACCGCAGGGGUCACCAUUCCUGAGGCCAUCCAGUCAAACGUGAGGAGAGCGAUAUCUGGAAAGUUCCCUCUUUACUGCCUCGGUUUUGGAUCUGAUGUGAACUUCGACUUCCUGGAGAAGAUGUCGCUGCAGAAUAACGGUGCGGCUCGGCGAAUUUAUGAACAUUCAGACGCCGACUCGCAGUUGAAGGGUUUCUAUGAAGAGGUGGCCACUCCUCUGCUCACGGACGUGACCAUGGUCUACGUCGGGGGCACCAAUGUGACCCAAACUAAGUUCAGCCAAUACUACAAUGGCUCCGAGAUUGUGGUGGCCGGUCAAAUCACAGACAAUGAAAGUUUCACACCUUAUGUGGAGGCCAUUUCGGUGAAGGUGCCGAUCAAAUUUGGUGAGAUGAGUAAGACCAUGAACACCAGCGAUGCUGCCUUUGACAGCAGAAUUGAGAGGGUUUGGGCCUAUAUCACUGUCAAGCAGAUGCUGGAGAAUGAACUGCUGUUAUCUGGCGCAGCGAAGGACCAAUUAAAAGAGCAAAUCUUGGAACUCUCCCUGAAGUACAAGUUCGUGACCCCGCUCACAUCCAUGGUGGUCACCAAGCCACCGGGGGAGAACGCAGAUGUGCUCCACAAGGGGAAGGAGACAUCCAGUCAACAGAGAGCAGGUCUACCACUAAGUGGAGGAAGUUCACCCCAAGUUCUUCCACCACUGGGUGUUCCUGGGAUCAGUCGGCACCAUUCUGGUUAUCCGUUCCAUAGAUUAUUUGCAGUUCCAUCUCGACCAAUAUGGGAUUCAGUCUUGUCUGCUCGAGCAGAUGACGAAGAUAUGGAAACAAGAGACAUGUUGGAAAUGGAUUAUGGUCCCACCUACAGCAACCCACCCACACAGGCCCCCCACAUGGCCCCAACCACCACCACCCCAGCUCCAUUCACUCACAGGUUUUUGCUGAAAGCUGAGAAUCAGUCUCUCCCACUUUGUUUUGAUGCCAGUGGGUCCGUCCACCUCAAGCUGUUUCACCACCUCAGCGCUGAUCUCUUUGUGGAUGGGCAACUUGACUCACUGAAAUUGGGGGGGUUUACAAGGAUCGUGGUGCACCUCAGAACGGACCACUACAUUGACAUUGAUGUCUCCGGCAUCUCGGUGAACGAGGACCACACAGUGACAUUGAAACCUGAACCCCUCUUCACAGCUGGAAGGGCCACGGUGACCACUAGAGACAAGGAGAUUGACAUCGCAGUGGGUGACAGUCGCCUGGUCAUUCUUCGUCAUGAGAGAGAUGGGAAGAGGUUCCUCUGGCCAGUUCUAAAAGUGAUGCCAUCUGGGGAUGACAUCCAUGGAAUUUUAGUUCAUAAAGCUCCAGAGUAUGAAGAAAUCAGUGCCUUAAGACUCAAGAUCGGCCAACAAGAAGUGAACGUCUCCAGAGCUAGUGCUUUGGACUACAGCGUGGCGUCGUCUCCAAAUGUGGACUGUCUGCUCACUUCAGCUGAUUCUGCCCUGCAGAAAUCCCUGGGAGAUUUCAUCAUCUAAAUGUGGCUGAAUCACUUCAAAUAAAAUGAUCUGGACACAUGAAA